AUGGAAAUAGAUAGCGUUUGCCUAGCAGAUAGCUCAGUAGACAACAAGUUAGUUCGAUCAAAAUUUGAUGUAUCUGAUUUUGAUCAUGGACAAUAUGUUGCUGUGAUGUGGAAAAAUAAAUGGACCCGUGGUGUUGUAUCUAUGGAAAGUCAGUUUUUAAUUUGGCUUAUUGACUAUGGCAUUUUCUUGCGACCAACCAUUGAUACUGUUUAUGUCAAUUUACCUCUUGAAUACAGAAAAUAUCCAAGUAAAGUUUUUGAAGCUAGUGUACACGGUGUUACUCCUGUGGACAAGAUUCUUACUCAAGACUGUCAAAUCAAAAAUAAUGUUACAACAGUGUGGAAUGAAGGAGUUACUGAAAAAGCUGAAGAAUUGAUAAAAUUAGCCAACAGGACACACUUUGUGCCUAUUGCCUUAUUAUCCUCAAAACAUAAUGAUGUUGUACUUGGGGAUUUAUAUCUUGAGAUGCCAGACAACCAUAUUGUUAACUUGAUUGAUGAAUUAGAAACUUGGCCUGUUUUUUUGGAGAAAAAUAAAGAGGACUAUAUUAAAAAUCUUACUUCUUUUUAUGUAAGUCGGAGAAAACACCGCGCUUGUAUAUUAAAGCCAGACAUUGCACAUUCAAAGUUACCUGUUAUGAGUUUGGAAACAUCUUUAGAUGAAUAUAGCGCCAUCUGUGCUAUGAGCCAGCAACAAAGCACGAAACCGCAAUGUGAUUCAGGUUCGGAAGAUGGCAGCACGGUACUAGAUGUAAAAUGUAACUUUAAAAAAGAAGAAAAAGCUUUCAAGUUGACCCACGACGAAAUUAAAAAAUAUGCAAACAUGUAUGUGUGCGUGCGUGGACGAGAAUAUAAUGUAUUAAAUGUCCUAAUAAAUAAAAUCCGUGACCUAAAUAUGUGCGAACGUUACAAAGAUCACGAUUUAAAAUCUGUUGGAUGUGGUAUAACACACAGGCGAUCUGGUAAGAAUUAA